ACAAUACCCUCACUGACUCGUGCUCUGCCUCUCCCAACUUCCCAAAGUCUCAAACUCUCAAUCCUCUCAUUCUCUCACUGACUCAUACCCUAAGUACUCUGUAGCUCGUCGCCGUCGCCCGUCAGUCGUCACCGCCGGCCGUCGGUCUCACCACCGCUGUCACAUUCAAGCGUCUGUCUCAGAUCUGCUAGCAGCGUCUCUCACCGAGUCACCGUUCGUUGCUGUUUAGGCCUGUCACCUGCUGCUCGUGCUAGGCUGCUAGCCUUCUCUCACCGCUGUUCGUCCUCAGCCACCACCCACCAGGCCACCAGUCUCCAGCUCACUGUCGUCUGUCGCCUGUCGUCCGUCGCGCGUCAGCCACCAGGAUUGCCGUUUUCCCGUGUCCGUGUCCGUGUCGGUAUCCGUGCAACAUAGGUAUUCAGCAUCCUCUUCUCUGCAAAACCCUAAAAUUAAAAUCAAGUUAAACCCUUUACUUGACAAAAGUCCCCAGAAGAAGAACACCAAUAGAAUGGCUUACCAUGGAGGUACACUCAAAUCAACCUCCAUCAAUGGCGUCAAAGUCUAUUCUUUAACUGGCCAUCAACGUUCUCUUGCAACCUGGCUUAACCCCAAGAAACAGCGUGCUCUCCGCAAAGACACUGAGUAUUCGCAAAGAGUAGAGUUGAUUCAGGACUUGAACUUCGAAACCGCCACCACCAAAAUCAAGGCCACACCUGAUGGAGAAUUUCUUCUUGCUUCAGGUAUUUACCCUCCCCAAGUUAAGGUGUAUGAGUUAAGGGAACUGUCCUUGAAGUUUGAAAGACAUUUGGUUUCUGAAAUUGUUGAUUUCGAGGUGCUGUCUGAUGAUUACUCUAAGAUUGCAUUUAUGUGUGCUGAUCGCUCUAUCUGUCUACAUGCUAAAUAUGGAAGUCAUUAUAAAGUGAGGAUUCCUAGGAUGGGAAGGGAUAUGGCAUAUGAUUCAUGGUCUUGCGAUUUGCUCUGUGCUGCCUCCUCAACAGAUCUUUACAGAAUAAAUUUAUCGCAGGGUCGGUUUCUUGCCCCUCUUACUACUCAAUCUCCUGGAUUAAAUGUAGUGUCUAGAAGCAAUUGUCAUGGAUUAGUUGCUUGUGGUGGUGAGGAUGGGGCUGUUGAAUGCUUUGAUAUGAGAGCAAGAUCAUCUGUUGGUAGAAUUAAUGCUGUCGCUGCUGCUGAGGACGAUGGUCAGGUAACUGCUAUUGAGUUUGAUGAUGAAGGAGGCUUUCAAAUGGCUGUAGGAAGCAGUGAGGGAAAGGUACUGAUCUACGAUUUACGAUCUUCCCAUCCUAUUCGAGUUAAGGAUCACAUGUAUGGAAGCCCAAUUUUGGAUAUCAAGUGGCAUCGGACUUUAAAUUCAGAACAUCCUAAGAUAAUUAGCACAGAUAAUCAUAUCGUCAGAAUUUGGGAUCCUGAGACGGGUGUAGGGAUGACCAGUAUCGAACCAACAGGUGGUGCAAUUAAUGAUAUAUGUGUGAUUCGUGAAACUGGGCUAAUGUUAUUGGCUCUAGAUUCAACUCAUAUACCCUCUUACUUCAUUCCUGCUCUUGGGCCUGCCCCCAAGUGGUGCUCAUAUUUGGAAAACUUGACUGAAGAGCUGGAAGAGAAUGCUCAGACAAGUAUAUACGAUGAUUACAAGUUCUUAACUAAAGAAGAACUUGAGAGACUUAACCUGACCAAUUUAAUCGGAACUAACCUUCUCAGAGCUUAUAUGCAUGGGUACUUCAUUGAUUAUCGGCUAUAUAAGAAGGCAAAGUCUAUAACGGAUCCAUUUGCAUAUGAUGCUUACAUCGAGAAGCGUAAGAAGGAGAAGCUGGAGGCCAUGCAUCGUGAACGUAUAACGGAAUUUGAGAUUGACGAGAAUUCCCAGGAAUAUAUGGCAUUACAUCCUAUAGCUCCCCAGAAGCAGACUGCUUUGCUGGAUGAGCACUUUGAGCCUAUCAUGGAGGAUGAGAUGAGUGAAGGUGAUGCUUCCUCUGAUGAUGAAGGCAGGCUGGAUAAGAAAUCGCAGACUCCUAGAUUGUAUGAAGUGAAGGAUGAAAGGCAUGCACAAGCGUUCUUGGAAAAUGUCUCACUUGCUAAUGAAGACGCUCUUCCUUUAGGAGAGAGAGUGGCUGCUUUGCAUGAUGAUCAAAGAGCAUCUCGUUUGCAUGGUGAUGUUAAAGUAGGACGAGGAGGGUCACGAGAGAUUUCCUUUGUUUCUAGAAGUAAAGCAAAGUACCAGGAAGAUGAAGAUAAUAAAGAUCCACGACGUAAUAAGAGGGGUGUUCAGUCGUUAGGUCUUAAGCCUACAAAUUAUGAGAGGAGGAGCCGAGGUGGUAGAGGAGGCCGAGGAGGGGGUAGAGGAGGAGGUAGAGGAGGAGGUAGAGGAAGAGGCCGAGGAAGAGGUCGACAUUGAGGUUAUUGAGUUUUAACUCGUUAAGGUGGAAAAUUUUGUUUCUUUCUUCUGCCUUGCAAUUUCUGACAGUAUUUUUUAUUUCAUUGUGUCUUUAAUAUUAUAGUGUUUUCUUCAAAUGAAAAAAAUAUGCGAGUAGAUAGAAUCUAUAGCCAGUUUUUUUUUUUUUUUUUUUUUUUCUUUUCUCUGUAAUCUAAUUUGUUUUAUUUAUUUUAAUUUUAAUACUUAAUAUUUUGAUUAGGUAGUCAAAAAUUUAAAAUGUAGAUAAUGCAGUGCUGAAACCUAUUUUUUCUCAUGGUUCAUGGACAAUCUGACUACCUCAAUCCAGUAAUCAAUUCAUGUACUACUUUGGACUGUACAUCACAUUAUGUUUCAUAUGAAUGGAUCACUUACUAAAUCCCAAAAGAGAAAAAUGCAUUUCAACAAGAGAUGAAUUGUUUCGAAACAUUGAAAAUGAGAUCAACAAUCAGAGUAGCAUAGAAGGUUGGGUCUGGUGUUGGGGUUAAUAUUCUGAGUGAUUGUUGGGUACCAGACUACCAGGUGCUCAAGUUAGCUUUAACUCGAUAAUCAAUGAGUCGGAUCUUCCUUCUCAGGUGUCCAACCUUCUAAGCCCACACACUAAUAUGUGGGAUUCUGCUAAGAAUCAUAGGUUGUUCCCUUUGUCUAUUGCUAGGCUCAUUCUGGCUAUGGAAUGACCUAGACAGCAGAUUGAUGAUUUUGUUUAUUGGAAUUUUUUUCUACAAAAUCGGCUUAUGCCCUUGUUAUUGGUCAUCUAUAUGCUUCAGUGCCAUUGGUUUUCUUGCCUUCCUCCGGUUGGUGGAAGCGUUUAUGGGGUCUCCCUCUUUUGCCUAAAUGGAAGGUUUUCGGUUGGAAGAUUUUUCAUAAUUCUCUUCCUACGACUGAUGUGUUGUAUCGGAAGGGCAUGUCUGUUGAUCCUUGCUGUGGUUUUUGCCAUUAUUCUAUGGAGACUGUUUCUCACUUAUUCUAAGGCUUGACAUCUCUUAGAUUGUGUCUUUGGCCUUAUUUGGGCGCUUUGGAUUACAAGAAAUAAUUUGAGAUUUCGUUCUGAGCUUUAUUACCCGCAGAUGGUAUUUGGGGUGGCAGAUGGUUGGAUAGCCAGAUGUGCAGCAGCUCGUGAUUGCUUGGUUUCCAUGAGUUGCAGUGUUCCUCCAGGGUUCGGCCUCCGUAUUUCUUCCUCUUGCUCGAAAGGGGAUCCGUCUGCAGUGUGUGAUAACACUGCAGGUGCGGGUUGAGUGUUUAUGGGGGUGCUCGGGCUCGUGUUACUAGUUCUGCCUUUCAUUAUGAACUUCUGGCUUGCUUGUUAGGUCUGUGUCAUGCUGUUCGUCGUCAUAUCACUCAAUUGCAAAUCAAGACUGAUUGCAGUGGCAUUCCUGCAGUUUUGGGAAGACACCAUUCUAUUGAUAUUUCUACCAUUUGGAUUUAUCAAGAAAUUCAGAGGAUUAUUUCUGCGUUUCAGAUAUGCCAUAUUCAAAAGGUUCCCCGGGAGGAGGUUGCUGCUGCUCAUAGGUUGGCUGGCGCAGCUCGGUGGCGUUCAUUGCUUUGUUUUGGUUUUUAAUAGCUUUGUUUUAUUAGCCUUGUUUGUUGUUUGUUUCUUAAGUAGUUCUCUUUGUCCAAAUAAAAAUAAAAAAAAAUAAAAAAAAUCAGAGUAGCUCCCUCAAUUUCACAGUGACAUGCAAAGUAUUAUGCAAAUAACAGAAAACUGCAAUUGUUUCUUUUGGAGUAAAGAUAGGAACUUUCUUAUGUACGUA